AGUCAUCUCUUUGCGGGCUUAACAAUGAGGUCGUUUUUGCUGAUGAUGAUGCUGUUGCUUGGAACAAGUUGGGCACAACUUGUUUACCGGGACUAUAGCUCACAAAUCGGUGGAGGAUUUUAUAGACCCCAAAGAGGACAAUAUGGACUGAUAAGUGAUGGAAGGCGGCCAGGAGGUCCAUACGAAAGUACUGCUCAAGAGGGUUUAAUCUCUGGAGUGGAUACGGGAGGUCCCUUUGGUAAUUAUGGAAACUACGGAUCAGUAAAUGGAGGACUACUUGCUACCAAUCAGCAAGGAGGACUUAUUUCUGGCGGAAGUAGUGGAGGACCCUUUGCCCAAACUGGCAGCUCCUUUACCAAAGAAGGACUAAUUUCUGAUGCCAACAGUGGUGGUCCUUUUAACAGCAACCAAGGAUUAUUUGGUUUGAAUAGUGGAAGCGGUCUGCUCAGUGGAGCUAAUACUGGAGGACCAUUUGCCAGUGAUCAUCAAGGAGGUUUAAUUUCCGGAGGAAAUUCUGGAGGCCCUUUUGGAAGUGACCCAUGGGCAAAUAGUAAUGAAGGGACGUAUGAAGGACUUAUUUUUGGUGCCAAUAGUGGAGGCCCUUUUGGGAGGAAUCAAGGAAGAUUUCAUGGCGGAGGGCUAACUAGUGGCAGUAAUACUGGAGGUCCAUUUGCAAACAGAAAUCAACUUGGAGGACUGAUUGCUGGCGGAAACAGUGGAGGUCCCUUCGAAAGCAAAGAAGCGACAAUCGAUCACAGUGAAGGUGGUCUAAUCGAAGGAGGUAAGAUAGGUGGUCCUCUGGGCCAAAAUCCAGGAGGAUUAGUUACUGGAGGCAAUAGUGGAGGCCCCUUUGGACAAGCUGAAAGUAGCUAAAAUAAAAUAGAUUUAAUACGUCUCUUAAGUCAUUUAGUUAAAUAUCACGUCUUUCACUUGUCUGUUAUCAAUAAAAUUUCAAUAAUGCU